AACACAUCUGAGCGGAGAGGAGGUGGAGUAAGAGGUUCUUAUGUUGACUACAGAUCUUAUUUUAAUUAAAGUGCAGAAUUCAUCCACCUUGAGAGAAGCCUUUCUAUCAGUCACAAGGAAGACAACAGGAGGCACUUUGAACACCCUCCCACCGCUGGUCCACAAGUAAGACUGAGACUCUCCCUCCCUCAUAGGAUGUGCCAUUAACCAGUACAGAGACGUCUGCUCCCAUCGUUAUCAGAGCGGUCACAUACAGGCAGACUGCUCGCACAGCACAGCACAGAGUACACUACCUGCUGACUGCAUAUUCAGGGAACAGCGUCACAACAAGGGCUCAUGGAGGCUGUUGUGAUUCUCCUGUGUUCUGUCCUGGUACCAGCACUAGGUGCCAGUGAUGAAAAAAGUGAGCCAGAUCCAUUUCAUUACGAUUAUAAAAGCCUGCGGAUUGGAGGACUGGUCUUUGCAGUGGUCCUCUUCACAUUGGGGAUACUACUGAUUCUGAGUAGGAGGUGCCGAUGCAAUAACCUUAACCAGAAACAAAGGGCACCAGGUGAUGAAGAAGCUCAGGCUGAAAACCUUAUUGCCUCAAACGCCCAGGGAACUCAGAAAACAGAGAACUGAAGACAAUCUGACCCCUGGGAAUAACAGAGAACAAACUACGCAAAAACAAAAUAAAACAAGCGCUUCACCUACUAUUACCACCCAUCCAGGCCUACCCUCUCCACCAUGUCAUGCGUCCGCGCCGCGCUGGAUGAUGUCAUCAUCUUAUUUACAGAUCGUUCUCAGUGCCGUCUGUGUUCUUCACUUGUAAUGUCUUAGCACUUAUUAUGCGGGUGGUGGUUUCCCUGGAGAUGUAGAAAGUGUGGCGAUAUCAGGACCCUUAAUGCUGUGGCCAAUGUUUGGACCCUAUAUCCGGUUACUGAACAUACUGCAUUACUACAGUGACUGUCACUGGCCGCAACAAAUACAUUUAUCACAUAUCUUCUGAAGUCCUUUCUUCACCCUCACUCUGUGCACCUCCUGGUUUAUCUAGACCGGUGUGUAAGAUUUUGUCUAUUUCUAUAGGAAGUUGUGUUGGUCAGAUCACAAUUGUGUUUGUGCCUUAAAUGUUAUUGUGUUAGUAAAUCCUGUAGAGCUACGUACUUUGGGCCUGAUUCAGAAUGACGACACACAGAGUAUGUUUUGCGGACGGACCUAGUGAAUGGUUGCACUGCGCAAGCUCUCGAGCCGUGCAUACGCAAUUUUGGGCAAGUACAGGAGACUCUGAGGUAAAUUUACUAAGGUGGGAACUGGUGAUGUUUCCCAUAGCAACCAAUUAGCUUCUAUCUAUUAUCUUCUAGAAGCAGAUAGAUAAUUGUUAAGCAGAAUAUGAUUGGUUGCUAUAAGCAACAUCACCAGUUCUAAAAAAAACCUCCCACCUUAGUAAAUUUACCCCUCUGAAUUGUGCGUAUCUCAGCCGUGUCACCACUUGUGGUCAAAUGAGUGUUGCUGGGCAGCAACUGGGUGUUUGCACGUAGACUAAGGGGGACAUGUACGAAGCAGUGAUAAAAGUGGAGAAGGGAGCCAGUGGAGAAGUUGCCCAUGGCAACCAAUCAGCUGCUCUGUAUACUUUUAAAGUAUGCAAAUUAGAAAUGUUACAUCAAUGCUGAUUGGUUGCCUUGGGCAACUUUUCCACUGGCUCACUUCUCCACUUUUAUCACUGCUUAGUACAUCUCCCCCUUAGUGUGUGUUGGGGGAGUGUUAGCUUAACACUUAUACCGCUAAUAUGACUGUCGCAAAUGCGAGUCGAUAGUGAUGACAGCUGCUUUCACAAGCGGACGGUUAGUGGCGGUGCGAUUGCAUAGAAGCAGACAACUGUGAUAACGAGCGAAGAUGCGCAUUUAUUUAUGACCACACAGUGCUGUCUGCUAAAGCGCAAAUCUAAAUCAGGCUCUUUUUGUGCCCAGCAUAUAUGGCUAAGUGUGAGUAGUAACAUGUAUCUAGCCACUAACAGAGCACUCUAUACCUUUUAUCUGCAGAUCACUGUGUAAGUAAUGUAAUGAUAAAAUCAUAUACAGAACAGAUCUCUCACAGGCCCUGAUGUAAUAGAGUGUGAGUUGUCUGCCAAUUAGCCCGUAGAUAUAAAGCGGCAAUUAUUUAAACUGCAAAACCAGGUUGCUUUUGCCUUAUAAAUUGUUGCCACUUUAAAUAACCAGAAUUUUGCCGUUUCCUGCAACUUGCAGUCUGUUAUGCAUGGGCCACAAAGCACUGCGAAUCAUAUACAGAGUAUUAUACAUUGUUUGUGUUUAUUGUACGAGAUCUAGUGCACACACUCUGUUAUAAUGCUCUGCAGGCUAUGGGGGUCAUUCCGACCCGAUCGCACGCUGUGCUUCUUCGGGUUGGAACUGCGCAUGUGCUGCGCCCGCUUUGCGCAGGCGCGUCGUUGCCCGGCGACGGCCGUCACCAGGCAGCGACGCCACUACCGAAGAAAGCGGUCGCAGCGGAGACCGCAAGAAGAUUGACAAGAGGAAGGCAGAUCCGGGCGGCAACUCACCGUUUUCUGGGAGUGAUGAGUCCAACGCAGGCGUGUCCAGGCGUUUAGAGGGCGGAUGUCUGACGUCAAUUCCGGGACCUGCAUCGCUGGAUCGAUCGCACAGGGUAAGUAACUCAUACCCUGAUCUUCUUUUACAGGAAACUUUUUUUGCACAGCCGGGCUGCACAAGCGUUCGCAGCCCUGCUAUGCAGAAAUACACUCCCUCAUAGGAGGCAUCUAGUUGAUCGCACGGGCAGCAAAAAGUUGCUACGUGCGAUCAACUCGGAAUGACCCCCUAUAUAAACUGCAGCUGCAGGGGAAUUUAAGCAGCAAAAGCCUUCCUAUGGAAUUAGAACACACCUGAGCCUGCGUACAAAACGACACUAGGAGCAAUGGAAAACACACAUACGGUACACAACAUAAUGAAAUCCUGUGUUGUUCUCUGCAAUCAGACUGCCCCUCUCUCCUUCUCUCUCUCCUCUCUCCCCUCUCUCCCCCUCUCUUUCCCUCCCCCCUCGUUCUCUAACUGCCUGACCCCUGUGCAGACAUGGUUGUCUUUGUAGCAUGUUCUUACACAUUCAGAUGUAACAUUUCUGUCUCCUGAAAUCUGAACCGAUCUCGCUGUGAAUCUGGGGCACCCUCUGCUCUUCUUUAAUUGAACGCUACAAUCUUUUUUUUAUUUUAUUGUGUACGUAUACCUAGUGAUGUCAAACCAAUGUGAAUAAACUUGUAUUUCUAACCCUCCA